UGUUCUCUCGAGAGGCGACAAAAAAGGCGAAACGGGAACGGUUAUAUUUUCUCAAAUUUCUCGCCACCCUUUGGGUGGUUGAUGAUGUUUUCUUGAGCAAUAAGGUGGAUAAUCCUAAGAUUUCGACCACGUUGCUGUCUAUCUCCGCGAUUGUGGAUCGUGAUGAAGUGGUAUGGAGGCAGUUACUGUCGCCAAAGUUGUAUAAAAUUCCAUUGGAUUGGGGAUAUUACAGAUUCAUAUCUUCUCUCCUUGCAAUCCAACUUUGGAGAUUCUUUCUUUUUCAAAAUUUGAUGGCUGAUAAUAUUCGAAGAGCGAUGCAAGAUAUAAACUUGGGCAGUGAAGAUCCCCCUUUUGUGUUACCGGCGGAGGUGGUGCGUCAAGCCGAAGAAGAGAAUCGUUUCAUCUUGGUGGGCCGUCCGGUGAUGCCACGACGACAAAAUCUCCGAGCACUCCUUGCUACAAUGCCAAGAAAUUGGGGUUUUGAAGGCUUGGUACGUGGACGUGUCAUUGAAGGCAGACGUUUCCAGUUUGUCUUCCCAUCAGAGGAAUCAAUGGAUAUGGUGAUUCGCAGGGGGCCUUGGGCUUUUGCGGAUCGCAUGAUUGUGCUCCAGAGGUGGACACCAUUGAUGGACAUGGGGUUGCUCAAUUACAUUCCCUUCUGGAUCCAAAUCCGGGGAAGUCCUCUGCAAUACAUGAACAGGCAAGUUAUUGUUAAUAUUGCAAGACGCUUGGGCGAAUACAUCCAGAUGGAUUAUAGUGAGGAGAUUGGGAGUCGCCUGGAGUAUGUCAGAGUCAGAUUGAACUGGAACAUCAACCAUCCUCUCCGGUUCCAGAGGAACUUCCAGUUUGUUCCAGGAGUCAACACGCUACUGAGGCUUCAAUAUGAGAGGCUUCGUGGUUUCUGUGAAGUUUGUGGUCUGAUCACUCAUGAUUCAGGGGCUUGUCUGAUCCUGAACGGAGGACCUGGUAAUGAUGAUGGGGCUCACAAUGGUGAUGAAGACGAUGAUGACAUUGAGAUUGUUCCUAAUCAGGGUGUUGUCAUUGAGGAAAUAAACGAGCAAGUAGAUGAUGAAGAGGUGGCUGAUGGUAAUGAGGAAGUGGGAGGAAAUCUAGAGCCGGUGAUUGAAGAAGAACAUCCUGUACAGGAUGAGUAUGAGAGAAAUAUAAGGACCAUGGAAGAGGAAGCAAAUGAGGAGCCACCCUAUGAGAUGUAUAAGCCUCUGUCUCCAAAUGGCCAACAAUUUCCUAGAGAGAUGCAGAACGAGACGGGUCUUAAGCGGAAGAAAUGGCUAUCUGAUGCAAAGGUGAACACAAUGAAGUUUUCUAAGGGUGAAAGAGGUGAAUCCAGUGGAUCUUCCAAGGCAAAACGCAAGAAGAACAACGAGGUUGUAAGUGAUGAUCGGGUAACUCAUAAUGGGACUGCACACAACGAUUCAAACUUGGUGAGAGGCGCGGUGGGCCCUGAACCACCUCUUCCGCCAUGAGGACAGCCUGCUGGAACUGUCGAGGAUUAGGCACAGACUCGACGG